GGCGUGGCAGGCUCGAUGGUGGAGGUGCCCAGUGGGUUGCUGCUGCUCGUGCUGGCGGUCGCAGAGCUCGGAGCGGAGGGCGCUGGCUAUUUCGUGUAUACUCCAGGCGGCGACGUUUAUGUCGAGAGCAGCGACGCGUACACCAGCACGGCGCUCCUCACGGGGCGGAAGGGCUACCCUCGGGCCGUGCUGCAGGUGGUGGCCUUCAAUCGGCCUCUGGAGGAUCAGGAAAUGAUCGUCCUGAUCAAGCGGGCGCGCGCGGAGGCGGUCAGCCUAGCCGGCGUGAGCGGCCCCGAGGAGGCUCCAGACGCUGUCGACUGGCGGGGCGGCCGCCUGCCUCUGCCGCCCUACUCAGUGGUGCACGCUGCGUGCCUGCGGCGUCGCGGGAAGCAGAGCGUGCCAGAGGCCGAGCCGCCCCCGCUGCCGCCGCCGGUGGAGCCGCCGGCCCUUGGAGACGGUGGCGCGGCCACGCCUCCCCUGACGCCCGAGGGCUUCGCCUGGCUGACCAGCGACCUGGUCGAGCCCGAGGGCGAAUUCGCCUUCGGAACCGAGGUGCUCCUGGGCGGGGACUCCUGUCGCCGUGGCCGCCUCGCGAUCAUCGCCGACGUCUCUGGAGGCUACCGCCCAGUGGAGCUGGUGGAGGUCGGCCGCGCUGGCGAGUGGCGGGAGGCGAAGCUCCGGGGGGCCGACCGCAUCCGUAGAG